GAAAACUUUCCUCCUAUUGAACAAUCAAGAUGCGUUUCUACUCUAUCAUUAUUGCCGCUUUUGCUUUGACUGUGUCUACAGCCCUGGCAGAAGGGCCUGACCACCUUGGUGAAGGAGAAUGUCUCAAAUGGUGCAAAAAGCAGCGCUCUAUUUGCCCUCCCGAGUCUCCCCCAAAGAAGCUUUCUAACGGCUGCUGGACCUGCUGCCGUGAUAUGUCCUAUCAAUGGCCCGUGUAGAGAAUGGGAGUCGAGAUGCUUUUCACCUAUGAGCAUUUGGUUGACUGCAACGGACCUUUGUCGUGCAUCCGUACUUGUGAUUGCACUACUGGUAGCUAGCUUUUCAAAC